AUGUCCCGACGGACUGCUGCAGGUGCCGACAGGGCGGCACAGAAUGCACAAACCCUGAAAGCCCUUGUCAAACUCGAAGGAAACAAGGUCUGUGCAGAUUGCAAAAGAAACAAACAUCCACGAUGGGCCAGCUGGAAUCUUGGGGUAUUUCUCUGCAUCCGAUGUUCGGGCAUCCACAGAGGCAUGGGCACACACAUUAGCCGAAUCAAGUCGGUCGAUCUGGAUGCUUGGACAGAUGAACAACUACAAAGUAUUCUGAAAUGGGGCAACUCAAGAGCAAACAAAUACUGGGAAGCCAAACUCGCACCUGGACACGUGCCGUCGGAAGCAAAGAUCGAGAACUUUAUACGCACCAAAUAUGAGUCCAAGAGAUGGGUGAUGGAUGGCCCUAUGCCAGAUCCAUCAACAUUAGAUGCAGAUGGCGACGAUGAUGUUCCCCUCAACAUCGUUCAAGAGAAGGCCAAAAUUGAAAGAUCAGCUUCUCAACGUCAAGCCGCCACUCAAUCUCCACCACAACCUCGACCGGUGGCAAACGUGAAUCUCUUCGAUGAUUUCGCCCCAGCGCCUCCUAUGAGGCCCAGCACUGCGGAUAUACCUAAUACAAGACCGACACGGACAGGACCUCCAGCACCAGCUCCCAAGGCUGCUCCGGGACCUAAACAGCAGGAUUCACUUCUUGGAUUAGACUUCUUCGGUAGCACAUCGUCAACGGGCAUUGGUAGGCCUUCGAGUGCAGCGUCCAACCCCACCCAGUCGACCAACGCUAGAGGAGAUCUUAAGAGCUCAAUUCUAUCAUUAUAUGCAAGUGCACCGAAACCUCAACCCGGUCCUCACCCUCAGCACAAUCGUGAGCCAUCAUUCGGUGGAAUGACAUCACCCCCAGCUCCGAGACAGGAUGCUUUUGGAGGGCUAGCUGAUGCCUUUGGCGGUUUGAGCUUUUCGAGCAACAACGCUACGAAAUCACCACCGCCGCCACAGCCUUCCGCCUUCUCUACUUUUGGCGGGCUCACAAGCUCUGUACCAGCAAAGGCGACUCCCUCAGCACCGCAGAUUACUUCCCCCCCCCCCCUCAGCGGCGGGAGUUUCUUUGACAGCCUACCAUCCAAAGCAGCUCCACCGAAACCCGCGGUCACUUCACCCUCGACAUCUAAUGGCUUGGAUUUCUCUUUCACUCAGCAAGCUGCGGCUCCGGCCGUGACAGCAGCAACCAAACCAGCAGCAACAUCCAUCUCUGCCGAUUUAUUUGCUGCUGAUGAUUUCGGGGGGUUUGCCAACUCUACACCUGCUUCACCGCCCAAACCAGCUCCACCCCCGAUGUCAUCACCACCAGCCAGCACUUCAACGCUCAACUCAGCUUUCAAUUUAUCUUCACAACCAGCACCCGCACCCACGCCAGCAUCUCAACCGUUCAAGUCACCAGCAAUCCCUCAGAACAAUUCAGCAAUGUUCGAUCCUUGGGGUUCGGGUGCCGAGAGCAGUCCAUGGGGAGCGCCUGAGCCAGCCCCCGCUAAACCAGAACCACCCAAAGUCGAAUUGGGCAGACCACCGGCACACAUCACGCCGAACGAUAUUUCUGGAGGAUGGGGGGAACCAAUAUCCGCUGCAAGCAACAAACCGACCCAACCGACAGUCACGGCGGAUGAAGACUUUGGGGGAUGGACUUCGGCGUCGACGACUCAGACCCCAGGUGCUGCUCCGCCAAAGGCCAGUGGGGGUGGAUUUGGAGGUGCAUCAGACCCAUUUGAUAAUCCAUGGGGUUAA